UGCAGUAUUGUGAAGUUGUAUUUCCCAACAGAUGUUCCUGCUUCCACAUAUACUGCUGUUCAACAUUCUGGCAGCCACCACGAGCCUGGUGUGUCACAGGAUUCCGUCACCGACAUACAACUGACAGCAACGGAACAAGGAGGGGAGGGGGAGGCAGAGGAAGAGUACCCAGCUGAGGAUGAGGAAGCAGCUGACCAUGGCUGCAGAAAAACAAACACAGAGGAGUGUGAUGAGGACGGGCUGGAGGACCUGCCGUCUUCCAUAUGUCGUCGCGGGGCCGUUGGCCGCUGGAGGGGCCCCAUCUCUCGUAAGGCCAGCCAGACCAGCGUAUACCUGCAGGAGUGGGACAUUCCAUAUGAGCAGCUGCAGCUCGGAGAGCUCAUUGGCAAGGGUCGCUGGGGGAAGGUGCACAAGGGUCGCUGGCAUGGUGAAGUGGCCAUUCGCCUGCUGGAGAUUGACGGCAACAACCAGGAUCACCUGAAGCUCUUUAAGAAGGAGGUGAUGAACUACAGGCAGACCAGGCACGAGAACGUUGUCCUGUUCAUGGGCGCCUGCAUGGCUCCCCCCCACCUCGCCAUCAUUACCAGUUUCUGCAAAGGUCUGACUCUAUACUCUGUUGUAAGAGAAAGAGGUCACAUGCUCGACCUCAAUAAAACCAGACAGAUUGCUCAGGAGAUUGUGAAGGGAAUGGGUUAUCUGCACGCCAAAGGAAUCAUUCACAAAGAUCUGAAGUCCAAAAAUGUGUUCUAUGACACAAACAAGGUAGUCAUCACAGACUUUGGCCUGUUUGGGAUGUCUGGAGUGGUACAAGAGGGCAGAAGAAAGAACGUGUUACGGAUACCUCGGGGUUGGCUCUACUACCUGGCUCCAGAGAUUGUUCAAAAAAUGAGUCCAGAGGUUGAUGAGGACCAGCUGCCGUUCUCCGGAGCUGCUGACGUUUAUGCAUUUGGUACAAUCUGGUAUGAGCUGCAGGUCGGAGACUGGCCAAUCACCGACCGGUCUGUGGAAGCUACAAUCUGGCUAGUGGGCAGCAAUGAGGGCAUUAAGAAGGUGCUGGCAGAAGCCAACCUAGGCAAGGAGGUCACGGUGAGUCUUUACAUAGAUCUUAGAAAAACACCCACUAGAGCUAUUAUCAUUAUUAUUGUAUUAUUAUG